AUGAAAGGUGAUGAGGUAAAAAGAGCCGGCGGUUAUGGUGUCAUCGUCGCAAGUAAGAAAGCCGAAGGGAACACCUUAAGUAUAACUCCCCAGGAACAUGACCUUCCCGCCACAAACGUCGACUACGCAAAUGGCCUCCAAAUCUUGGAAUACAUUAAAUCUACAAAAAGACCAACGGCAUAUAUCGUGCCAGCCAAGACAGUUUUAGGCGUCAAACCAGCACCUAUAGCUUUAUCGUUUUCGGCCAGAGGGCCCAGCAAAAUAUCUCCUGACAUUCUCAAGCCAGAUAUCACGGCUCCGGGUGACCGUAUAUUAGCAGCUUUUAAAGAAGGAUCGCCGCUGGGUCCGGAUAGUGAUGAUAUCUUGGAGAAAUACUGGAUGAUAUCAGGCACGUCAAUGUCGUGCCCACACGUGGCCGGUGCCUUGGCUCUUCUCAAGGCUGUGCAUCCUGAUUGGAGCCCCUCUGCCCUACGAUCUGCUCUCAUGACAUCUGCGACACUAAUAAACAACGAGGGUAACCCCAUCACGGAUCACACCGACGCCCCGGCCACCCCGUUUGUGCUCGGGUCGGGUUUUUUCAACCCAACAAAGGCAGUCGACCCGGGACUCGUCUACGACGCCUCUCACACGGACUAUCUCGUCUUCCUCUGCAGCAUCGGGGAGUACAAUCUCACUGGUUCCUUUAAAUGCCCCGAAAACCCACCAUCUCCGGGUAAUCUAAACUACCCGUCUAUCGCAAUACCCAAACUGAGAGGCACCGUCACAGUCCGUAGGACCGUCACCAACGUUGGCUGUCGUGGGGUCGUUUAUUAUUCGAGCGUCCAAUCUCCACCGUGGAUCACCGUGAAAAUAACCCCGGCUGUACUUUAUUUCGGUCGUGAACGUGAGAAGAAAAAUUUCACUGUCACGGUGAAGAUGAAUUGUUCGUUUUCGGGGAAGAUUGAGAAAGGACAGUAUGGCUUCGGACGGCUCAAGUGGUCCGACGGCGUUCAUGAUGUGGUCAGCCCGCUUGCUGUCUCUGUGGCUUAG